AUGUGGGGGCAUCUCACGUCGUCCCUCCGCCGACUCACAGUGCGCUCUGGCGAGCCGCACACCGCGCCGGACAAGCCGCUCAUCGUCGUCUUCGGGGCCACCGGCGCGCAGGGCAGCAGCGUGGUGGCGGCGCUGCUGGCGAGCGGGCGCUACCGCAUCCGCGCCGUCACGCGCCACGCGGACUCGCCGCGUGCCGCCCAUCUGAGGGACGCCAAGGUGGAAGUGGCACAGGCCGACCAGGCGGACCGCCAGGCCGUGCGCGCGGCGCUGGAGGGUGCUUAUGGCGCGUUCGUG